GGUGGGGGGAGGAGACGCUGACAAACCAAGAUGGCGGUGGCGGCGAUGAAACCUGCGGCGACCGGGACUUAACUGUAGUAGCAAAGGCUGCAGUAGUUGGUAGGCAGCGGCAGGGUGUGGAAGAAACGGAACAGGAUUAAGGGUCGGUAAUAGAAACCUCAGCCUGAGACUUUUAGAGUACGGCACCCGCCCCCCUAGGCCCUGACGGGCGGUGGCCGUCCUGCUUAGGGCCUAGACUCCGAGAAGUGCCUCGGUUUCAGACAGCGGCGGCGCCAUGAGCCCUUAAGGGCGGUCUGAGCCCUCCCGAUCUCUGGCCCAGCCCUCGGGCCCACCAUGGAGCUGGGGUCCGACGAUUUCCUACCGCCGCCGGAGUGCCCGGUGUUCGAGCCUAGCUGGGCCGAGUUCCGAGACCCUCUUGGCUACAUCGCGAAAAUCAGACCCAUCGCCGAGAAGUCCGGCAUUUGCAAGAUCCGCCCACCUGCGGAUUGGCAGCCACCCUUUGCUGUGGAAGUGGACAACUUCAGAUUUACGCCCCGAAUCCAGAGGUUGAAUGAACUGGAGGCCCAGACAAGAGUGAAACUGAACUAUUUGGACCAGAUUGCCAAAUUCUGGGAGAUCCAGGGCUCAUCCUUAAAGAUACCCAAUGUAGAACGGCGCAUCUUGGACCUCUAUAGCCUCAGCAAAAUUGUGGUGGAAGAAGGUGGUUAUGAAACUAUCUGUAAGGAUCGUCGGUGGGCUCGUGUGGCCCAGCGCCUCAACUACCCACCUGGCAAAAACAUCGGUUCCCUGCUACGCUCUCACUAUGAACGCAUUGUUUAUCCCUAUGAAAUGUAUCAGUCUGGAGCCAACCUUGUGCAGUGUAACACACGCCCGUUUGAUAAUGAGGAGAAAGACAAGGAAUAUAAACCCCAUAGCAUCCCUCUUCGACAGUCUGUACAGCCUUCCAAGUUCAACAGUUAUGGACGACGGGCAAAGAGACUACAGCCUGAUCCGGAACCCACAGAGGAAGACAUUGAGAAAAAUCCAGAACUAAAGAAGCUACAGAUAUAUGGAGCAGGUCCCAAGAUGAUGGGGCUAGGUCUUAUGGCCAAGGAUAAGACUCUUCGGAAAAAAGAUAAGGAAGGACUUGAGUGUCCCCCCACUGUGGUGGUAAAGGAAGAAUUAGGUGGGGAUGUGAAGAUGGAAUCAGCCUCACCCAAGACCUUCCUAGAAGGCAAGGAGGAACUGAGUCAUAGUCCCGAGCCCUGCACCAAGAUGACCAUGAGGCUGCGAAGGAACCACAGCAAUGCCCAGUUUAUUGAGUCAUAUGUGUGCCGAAUGUGUUCCCGAGGAGAUGAAGAUGACAAACUUUUGCUGUGUGAUGGUUGUGAUGACAAUUACCACAUCUUUUGCCUGCUGCCUCCUUUGCCUGAGAUCCCGAAAGGUGUCUGGAGGUGUCCAAAAUGUGUCAUGGCGGAGUGUAAGCGGCCCCCUGAAGCCUUUGGCUUUGAGCAGGCUACCCGGGAAUAUACUCUGCAGAGCUUUGGGGAGAUGGCUGACUCCUUUAAAGCUGACUACUUCAACAUGCCUGUACAUAUGGUACCCACAGAACUUGUAGAGAAAGAGUUCUGGCGGCUGGUGAAUAGCAUUGAGGAAGAUGUGACUGUUGAGUAUGGGGCUGACAUCCAUUCCAAAGAAUUUGGCAGUGGUUUCCCUGUCAGUGACAGUAAGCGGCAUCUAACUCCAGAAGAAGAGGAGUAUGCUAAGAGUGGUUGGAACCUGAACGUGAUGCCUGUAUUGGAGCAGUCUGUAUUGUGCCACAUCAAUGCAGAUAUAUCUGGCAUGAAGGUACCCUGGCUCUAUGUGGGCAUGGUCUUCUCAGCCUUUUGCUGGCAUAUUGAGGAUCACUGGAGUUACUCCAUUAACUACCUCCACUGGGGUGAGCCAAAAACCUGGUAUGGGGUCCCAUCGCUUGCAGCAGAACACUUGGAAGAAGUGAUGAAGAAGCUGACACCUGAGCUUUUUGAUAGCCAGCCUGAUCUCCUUCACCAGCUUGUCACCCUCAUGAAUCCUAACACCCUCAUGUCCCAUGGUGUGCCGGUUGUUCGAACAAACCAGUGUGCAGGAGAAUUCGUCAUCACUUUUCCUCGUGCUUACCACAGCGGUUUCAACCAAGGCUACAACUUCGCUGAGGCAGUCAACUUUUGCACUGCUGACUGGCUGCCUGCUGGACGCCAGUGCAUUGAGCACUACCGCCGGCUGCGAAGAUACUGUGUUUUUUCUCAUGAGGAGCUUAUUUGCAAGAUGGCUGCCUGCCCCGAGAAGCUGGAUCUGAACCUAGCAGCAGCUGUACAUAAAGAGAUGUUCAUUAUGGUGCAGGAGGAGCGUCGUCUACGAAAGGCACUACUGGAAAAGGGUAUCACUGAGGCUGAGCGAGAAGCUUUUGAGCUGCUUCCAGAUGAUGAACGUCAGUGCAUAAAGUGCAAGACCACAUGCUUCCUAUCUGCCCUGGCUUGCUAUGACUGUCCAGAUGGCCUUGUCUGCCUUUCUCACAUCAAUGACCUCUGCAAGUGCUCCAGUAGCCGACAGUACCUUCGGUACCGAUACACCUUGGAUGAGCUCCCUGCCAUGCUGCAUAAACUGAAAGUUCGAGCUGAGUCCUUUGACACAUGGGCUAACAAAGUACGAGUGGCUCUGGAGGUGGAAGAUGGGCGGAAGCGCAGCCUUGAAGAACUGAGAGCACUGGAAUCUGAGGCCCGAGAGCGAAGGUUUCCUAACAGUGAGCUGCUACAGCGACUGAAGAACUGCCUGAGUGAGGCAGAGGCUUGUGUGUCUCGGGCUCUGGGACUGGUCAGUGGCCAGGAAGCUGGCCCCGACAGGGUGGCUGGUCUACAGAUGACCCUGGCAGAGCUACGGGCUUUUCUGGGCCAGAUGAACAACCUGCCUUGUGCCAUGCACCAGAUUGGGGAUGUCAAGGGUAUUCUGGAACAGGUGGAAGCCUACCAGUCUGAGGCCCGUGAGGCCCUGGUCUCACAACCCUCCAGUCCAGGGCUGCUUCAGACCCUGUUGGAAAGAGGGCAGCAACUGGGGGUGGAGGUACCUGAAGCCCAGCAGCUCCAGCGGCAAGUGGAACAGGCACGGUGGCUGGAUGAGGUAAAACGCACGCUGGCUCCCUCUGCCCGAAGGGGUACCCUGGCCAUCAUGCGGGGACUGUUGGUUGCGGGCGCCAGCGUAGCCCCUAGCCCUGCUGUGGAUAAGGCCCAGGCAGAGCUUCAGGAGCUGCUGACCAUCGCUGAACGCUGGGAAGAGAAAGCCCACCUCUGCCUGGAGGCCAGGCAGAAGCAUCCACCAGCCACACUUGAGGCCAUAAUCCAUGAAGCAGAAAACAUCCCUGUUCACCUUCCCAAUAUCCAGUCUCUCAAGGAGGCUCUUGCUAAGGCUCGGGCAUGGAUUGCUGAUGUGGAUGAGAUCCAAAAUGGUGACCACUACCCCUGCUUGGAUGACUUGGAGGGCCUAGUAGCUGUGGGUCGGGACCUCCCUGUGGGGCUGGAGGAACUGAGACAGCUAGAGCUGCAGGUACUGACAGCACACUCCUGGAGAGAGAAGGCCUCCAAGACCUUCCUCAAGAAGAACUCCUGCUACACAUUAUUGGAGGUGCUCUGCCCGUGUGCAGACGCUGGCUCAGACAGCACCAAACGCAGCCGGUGGAUGGAGAAGGAGCUGGGGUUGUACAAAUCUGACACAGAGCUGUUGGGGCUGUCUGCGCAGGACCUCAGGGACCCAGGCUCUGUGAUCGUGGCCUUCAAAGAGGGGGAGCAGAAGGAGAAGGAAGGGAUCCUGCAGCUUCGUCGCACCAACUCAGCCAAGCCAAGUCCACUGGCAUCAUUGACCACACCCUCCUCUACAGCCUCUAUCUGCGUGUGUGGGCAAGUGCCAGCUGGGGUGGGAGCUCUGCAGUGUGACCUGUGUCAGGACUGGUUCCAUGGGCGGUGUGUGACAGUACCCCGCCUCCUCGGCUCCCAGAGGCCCAGUCUUACCUCAUCCCCACUGCUGGCCUGGUGGGAAUGGGACACCAAAUUCUUGUGCCCUCUUUGUAUGCGCUCACGGCGCCCACGCUUGGAAACCAUCCUGGCACUGCUGGUAGCCCUACAGAGACUGCCUGUACGGCUGCCUGAGGGUGAGGCGCUACAGUGUCUCACAGAGAGAGCCAUCAGCUGGCAAGGCCGUGCCAGACAGGUUUUGGCCUCUGAGGAAGUGACUGCUCUGUUGGGACGGCUGGCUGAACUCCGCCAACGGCUACAGGCUGAAUCCAAGCCUGAGGAAUCCCUUGCUUACUCUUCAGACACUGGAGAGGGCGCUGACAAUAUGCCGAAGGUGCAGGGGCUGUUGGAGAAUGGGGACAGUGUGACCAGUCCUGAAAAGGUAGCCACAGAGGAGGGCUCAGGUAAGAGAGAUCUGGAACUGCUAUCCUCACUAUUACCACAGCUGACUGGCCCUGUGUUAGAACUGCCUGAGGCAACCCGAGCCCCACUAGAGGAACUUAUGAUGGAGGGGGAUCUACUUGAGGUGACCCUAGAUGAGAAUCAAAGCAUUUGGCAGCUGCUGCAGGCUGGACAGCCUCCAGACUUGGAGAGAGUCCACACACUUCUGGAGCUGGAGAAGGCAGAGCGCCAUGGGAGUCGGACACGAGGCCGAGCCCUAGAGAGGAGGCGGCGAAGGAAGGUGGAUCGGGGUGGGGAGGCUGAUGAUCCAGCCAGAGACGAGCUAGAGCCAAAGAGGGUACGGAGCUCAGAACCAGAAGCCGAGGAAGUCCAGGAGGAAGAAGAACUGGAGGAGGAGUCUGGGGGUGAGGUCCCUCCUGUACCCUUCCCCACCAAUGGCAGCCCCAGCACCCAGGAGGACCAGGAUGGCUUAGAACCAGUGUUAGAGGCUGGUUCAGACACCUCAGCCUCUUUCUCUACUCUGACUUCCCGGCUGUUGAUGUCCUGCCCACAGCAGCCAUCUCGGCAACAAUUGUGACAGUGGCUGAGCCUAGCACAGACCCCAACAAAGAUCCUUCCUUGGCCUCAAGGAUCCUUUCUGACCAUCAAGCCUGCUUCUUGGAGGUGGGCGGGUAGGUGGAGAGAUUCCCCCCUCACCACCAUCCCUAAGACCGUGACUUUUAUAUUCUGACUCCAAGGUAUUGUUCAGACCUCAGCUCCUGGGGGCCGGCCCCUGGAGUCCUGCGUCCCUGGUAACCUCUAACCAGCAUUCCCAGACACCAGAGGCAGAUAGACACAGGUGGGCAGGGGAUCUACUGGGGCUAGGCCAGCACCAUUCCAGAGACAAAUGCAGGGCACAUGCAAACUGGGGGACCUCUCCCUUCUCCCCAGUUCCGGCCCUGGUCAGGCCAUGCUACACUAACCUCCCCAGCCACACACUCUUUUGCCUCCUGCCUCCUUUUUACUCCCCUCUCCCCUCAUCUUUUCCCUUCCCCUUACUGUUCUACCCAGGAGGAGGAAACUUCACAUAGCUGUCCUCACUUUUUUAUUUGAAAUAAAUUUUGUUGGGGUUGAACAGGGCUGCCUAUGGUCUGAAGGCUUUUGGUGCUUGUCCACACACCCACCUCAACCCUUCCUGCCCAUCCUCCCCGUCUCCUCCUCCUGGGUUCAUGCUGUAAUAAAAGAAGAUUGUUGGUGUGUAAUUAAUUUGUUCAAAAGGAGAAAAAAAAGCAAAACAAGAAACUUUGUUCCAACUAAAGCCUAUUUUAAUUUUAUUUUAUUAUUUUCCUCGUUAGAAAUAAAACCCUUAGGAAUGUUUUUUGGAAACAUGUUUCUGAAGUGCAUUUCUCUUGAAAAGGAGAGUAGACCCUUCCUCGCCUAGUAAUGAAGCAGCUGCAGUGCUAGUGGUAGUGCCAGGGCCGAGUCCAGGGAGUCAAGGCUCUGAAUCGGAACCUUCCCAGCCUCUCUAACCUUGGAAAAGAUCUCUUCCUCCCCCCAGCCAUUUCCCUGUCUUCCGACUGGUGGGCACUGGUCCCUCUUGGGAAUUUGCACAACAGCUUCCCCUAGCUUUGUGCUCUUGUUUUCCUGUUCUGAGGGGGACUUUUUCUUCAUGGCUUUAUUAUUGAAGUAUAGUUUCCAUUCUAUAAAGUUGAGCUGUUUUAAAUAUGUUAUUUGGUGAGUCAGACUAUCCUUAAUGUUUCUCUGUUAGUUUCUUUCUGCCCCUAAUGAAUGUGUGGCUAAUUUGUAAUUUCUAUGUCACUGUUAAACUGCUCUAUUGAGAUGAAAUUUGAGUACCAUACAGUUCAUCCAAUUCAGUAUACAAUUCAGUGACUUUUAGUAUAUUUCAGUCAUUGAAUGAACCUUCACUGCAAAAAAAUUUUAGAAUGUUUUUAUGACUCUUAGAAGAAACCCCACAUUCCCUAGGUGUUCCCUCCCCACUCCCAUUUGUCUCUUCUGGACAUUUUAUAUAAAUGAAAUUAUACAAUAUAUGAUCCUUUUGUGUCUGGCUUCUUUGACUUGGCAUAGUAGCUUCAGGCCUAUUAAUAGUCCUACAAUAUAGAUUUCACCCUUCUGAACCUGAAAAAUGAAGGGACUGUACUUGAUUAGGGACUGCCCUCUUGAAGUAUGUUUAUGCACGUUUUUUUGUGGGUAUCUGUAUGCAUUUCCCCCCAGAUAAGACCCAUCAUAUUUAUAAGGGGGCCUUAAUCCUCCAAAGACUAAGAAGCAUUCUUUUGUGGUUCUGAGUGUUCUCUAACACUCUAUGAAAUAGAGGAGGAAGCAAAAGCUUGGAGGCCCUGAACUAGCUUCCAGGCAUCUCUGACUUCUCCAAGGUUUUUCCUCUUCUCAAGGUUGUAUAAGGUGUUCUAGGCUAAAGUCAAGUCUUGAUCCCCCUAGCUCAGGAACUCAGCAUACCGGCACUCUUACUGUGCCCUUUCUCGUUUUAUGUUCAGAAAGAUCACUUUGGUCCAUUUCUCCCCUUUCCAGGAUUUCCACUUGCUAAAAAUCUGGUGUUAAAGAGAUAUCUCACUCUCUUUUGGUGACUUUCUGGUGGGAGCAUGGCUUAGACCUGCCUCAUCUGGUCUUAUAGUCUCUGUUGAAAGGUGAACCAGUCAACAGUAAAUACCCCUGCCCUGGGUCUAUUUUGAUCCUAAGUUGCAAUCAAGGGGAAAAGGCUGGCCUUUGCCUGCCCAUUGACAUUAAUCAUGGGUUCCAAUGAGGAUUGGAGGUAGCAAAAGAGACACCUGGGACAAGUACCCAAAGGAGCUUUAUCUUGACAUACCACUCUACCAAGCAACCAGGCACUAGAAGAGGCGGCCAAAAGAGGAAAAGAGGAACUACUUCCCACAGCAGUUCCUAGGCUAGUGAACCGCUCAGGCCAAGGUAGGGGUUCCUUGUGUUAUGGACCUAUCCCUCACCAAUUUUCAGACAGCUUUUCUCAGCUUAGCACUUUAUGCCUUAUUCUUCUCAUAUAUCUGCCCCUUUCAGUGUACAUAUAGCUGUCAUUGAUGCAAAACUGUCUUAGGGUUUCUAUUACUGUGAUAGAAGACCUUGACUAAAAGCAGCUUGGGAAAGAAAGGGAUGUUUCCAUCUUACAGCCCGUCAUCCAGAGAAGUAGGCAGGAACUGACACAGGCUGUGGAAGAGUACUACUGACUGGCUCAACCUGCUUUCAUAUAGCACCCAAGACCACCAGCCCAGGGUGGCACAUCCCACAGUGAGCUGGGCCCUUCAAUAUCAGUCAUCAAUCAAGGAAAUGCACCAUGGGCUUGCCUAAAGGCCAGUCUUUGGGGAGCAUUUUCUCAAUUGAGGUUUCCCUCCUCUCUCAAGAGAGCACAAAAUGAGUGGGAAAGGUUUACCUCAGAGUCAUUUAGUUUACAGAUUCCACCUUGCUGCUACAUCCAACCAGACAGUUCCAUUCCUGUCAGGAUAGCACCUGAGUAUUCGGGGGAUGGAAAGAGAUACUGCCUCUACUAAAGACAGAUUAUUCUCACCCUCUACCCCUUCUCUUUGAGACACGGUCCCUCUGCGUAGCCCUGACUAUUCUGGAGCUUGUUAUGUAGACCAGGCUGGCCUUAAACUCACAGAGAUCUGCCUGCUUCUGUCUCCUGAGUGCUUGGAUUGAAGGUGUGCCGCCACUUCCAGCAUCUAAAUUCCUCUCUUGUCCCAACUGUCCAUUUCUUCCUCCUCUAGCUAUUCAGUGCCUCCAUUGUGCCUUAAAUCAUAGCUGAAACACCAUAGGUUUAGUGAGUCUCUCCCCCCUACCUGAAACUUCCUAUAUUAAGAGUUCCUAGAGGAAAAAAAGCAAGAACCAGGCCUGAGUCCUCUUGCUACUUCAAGGCUGGGGAUGGGGGUGGCAGUCUUGCAUAGCUGAUUGAGAAAGAGACAGCUACAAGCAGCAGUUGCAACCCUGACAUUGCAUGUGAAUUCUGUUCCUUCUGUGCUGUAUGAUGUCCACUGUUCCAGGGUGACACUCUGGAAGUGGGGCCUGAGUCUGGGCCUUGGUCAUCAGAGCCCUAAAGGAGAAACAUUAAUCGUGUCCUAGAAGACCAGAAAUUACAGUGACGAGAGAAACAAAGUAGAGAAUCUUUGUCUCUGGGGCACUUAAAUCCUGGGUACUAAGCUCCAUAUAAGAGAUUUUGGCAAAGUUCUUAGAUCCCUGGGAGCAUAGGCUGUGACCUGUGAUUUUUUUUUAACCCCCCCCCCCCUCUAGGUUUUUGAGACAGGGUUUCACUGUGUAACAGACUGGCCUCAAACUCACAGAGGUCUGCCUGCCUCUGCCUCCUGAGUGCUAGGAUUAAGGUGUGCGCCACCACCACCUGGUUAGGAUUGUGUUUCUUAAUCUUCUUUAAAUCCAAAGCCCUACUCUUCAUAUCAGAAGGGUUCUAAAUAACUGGUGUGCCACCAGAAUAUUGUUCAUGGUGGAACUUUAUUGUUAGUAAACUGGAAACUCAGCAGUGUUGGCUUGAUAGGUAAAAGCCCAUGUGGCUAAGGUUCUGAAUAAUUCCCGUCCCUGUAUUAGGUAUGUAUUGCUCUAAGACAAUAACUUUCCUGGCACAUAUCUCUAAAACCAAACCUUUGGAGGUCGGAGCAGGAAGAUUCCAAGUUGGAAACUAUGCCAAGUUGUACAGUGGGUCCCUGUCUCAAAAACAGCUAAAACUCUUACAAGCAACGUUUAGCUCAUAUAUCCGUGGGCUAGAGAUCUGGAUACAAUUUAGCUGAGUUAUUAGGGUCAUUCACAGGCAUCAAGGUGUGAGCACUUGCAGUCAUUUCCAGGUUUAUUUCUGGAAAAAUCUACUUAGAACUUGUGUCAUUGGAUGUUGGCGGGAUUUAGUUUCUUACUGGCUGUUGGACAGAAUUCACUUAGUUCCUUGCAUGUAAGUGGAUCCUUUCACAAGACAGCUCACAACAUGGCAGCUUGCUUCUUGAGAUCAAUUAAAAUGGGCAAGAGACAGAAAUGAGUCUUUAUAAUCUAAUCUCAGAAGUGACAUUCCAUUGAUUUUACAGUUGACAAUAUUCAUUAGAAGCCAGUAGGAGGGAAAGGGGGAGUCUAGACUAUUCAGAAGGAAGGAAUUAAGACUAGGUGCUAGAGGGUGGUGGCAUUCAUUGAGGGGUCAUCUUGGAGAUGAACUACCAUGGUUUAUUCUCUGGUACUUAACUCAUAUGUCUUCCACAUACAAAAUAUAUUUAUUCCUUAAAUUCUCUUAAAUCCCAUUACAGCAUUCCCCUAAGGUGCUAAAUAUGAAUGAAAUGCCUUGGGCAUAAUCCCAAGUACUGUUUUUCUCUAUGGGUAGAACUGUGAAACUUAUAAACACAAGUUCCCAGUUCCUAAUAGAUAUGGUGGGAAAGGCACAUUAUUAUAAGCAUUCCAGUGCAGAAAAGGCGGUUGGAAGCAGGAAUAACUGAUCUGUAAUAAGUCAAACCCAGCGGGGCAAAUGAAGUUUCUUCAUUGAUUCCAAGACCUGGAGAUGAGUUUUCAUCCUCCUGGCUCUGCUCUCUGGGCUUUUGGUCCCACCUGUGCUUCCUUUUUCAUAAGCAGUAGCACAUGUUUGCAACUGAGGAUUUUUAAGACAAAGGGCUUAGAAGGCUUUUGGCAUGUAGAAUAUUAUAGCAGGAACUAUAACCAGAUUGGCCUUCAGGGCAGCCCUUACUUAGAUCUCACGCCUGCCAUCAUGGUCACAUUGUUCAGGAACCUGUUAAGAGUAAAUAUUGACCACAUCUCCAGAAUGCAGUAUCUCUUCUGAGAUUUUCCUCACUAGUGGUGCUUGUUUAUGUGGGUCAUGAAAAUUCUCAUGGUGUGUUCAUUCCAAGAUGGAUGACCAUCCACAUAGGCCUUUUCCCGCAAAUAUCUUUUCAGCAUUUCAGUCUUGUUCUUUCCAAAUCCUUGACUGUAUAAGCAGACAUGAAUCAGCUGACAGCUCUCUAUCUGACCAAUUAUGUAAUGUUUUUCCUACUGGGAGGAUUUCCUUCUCACUUUUUUUCAGUGUCAGCCCUAAGUGGAGCUAUAACUCUGAAACUAGCCACUCCUGGCCAUGCUAGCAUGUUGUGCAGAGCAUCUCUGUAAGCCAAGCUUUAAUACUGUAUCCCUUAGUUUGUCUGGCCUUUAGGGGCCCCCAAGAGGACUUGGAUGACGUUUUCUCAGAUGAGUAGCAGGUGUGAUCUUCCAGAACUGCAUGUGACUUAUUGGACCUGGUACAACAGUUAACACAUUGCUGUUUGCUGUCAUAUGCUCAGAUGUUCAUUCGAAAAAAUAGGUCUGCUUUUCUAUUUUUAUUUUUCUUUGCUUCUGAGAUCUUGCCACUUGCAGUUUUAUCCUUCAUUUUUGUUUGUUUUGUCUUAUAAAUAUGUUGUAUCUUGGGCCAGUGAGAUGGCCCGAUGGGUAAAAGCUCUUGCUUCUCAAGACUGGUGACCUGAUUUCAAUCCUAGGGAUCCAUGUGGUAUGAGAGAAUCAACUUGUGCAAGUUAUCGUGAUCUCUGUGUGUGAGCAUACACAUACAUAGAUGUAAUAAAAAUAAUUUUAAAAUGUU